UUGCAGAAAUUCCAGUGGCCUGGUGAAAAUCAGGAGCAGAAUGAGUGCAAAGUCCAGUGCUAAAAUACACCACUGUGUACUGGACAAGCUGUGGUUCUGUCAUUGACUCUAUGGAAGACUUCCUGCCAGCCUACUAUCUUCCCAUUUGGAAUGUGGAAAAUGGGGGUACCUUCCAUAUAGCAACUGGACCCAACCUACAGGAGGUGUGUUGCUUCCCUGGGGUCCAGGUAAGGGACCAAAAAGAAAUAUAUGGUAUCAACUGGUAUGGCCCACUGAUUAUUACCCUCUACUGGUGUUCCAUGGAGGCAGCAACAAAGUCCCAACAAGAAGGCUGAGGUCGGAGAGCUCAUGUGAAGCAUUUGGAGAUGCUAAAAGAUCCAUUUCUGCUGGGAUACAGUCUUUUUUAUUAUCAUGACUAUGUUAGGAAUGUCUUCAAGAAAUCCUGUAUGUGUGCUGAAAACUUUUGGGCUCAGAUAUUUCAUGAGACAUGAGGCUUUUACUCUGCUCCUUGUGUGCUUUUCCAAUCAGCGAGGAUAGGCCUUUCUUACACCAUGUGGGUUCUGUUUCCCGUGGAACUGGAGCCCACAGCUCAUAGAGGGAGGGAGCAUUGUUCCCUAGCAACCACCUCCACUCUGCAGCCUUCAUCCCACCUCCAUACCUGGACUUCAACAGGACCUGCCUGCUUGUACCAGCCACCAGUCACCACACCAGUGAUCAUGGACCAGAGCUGUCGGGCUCAGGACAAUGCAGCAUUAGGAACAAGACAGAAAAGACCCAACGACGGUACUGAAAUGACAAAAAGCUCCUCAGCCUUGGCAUCUCUUUCAGAUUACCACCAGCUGGGUUACAGUUUAGGACUAAAUCUCUUCCAAGGUGGCCCAUUGAAGAGCCAAAGCUUGAUGAAAGAUUCCUACACCCCUGAUGUAUUUCAGAAGGCAACCAGGGAUCCCAAACAUUGGCAUGGGAAAAAAAUCCAUGAUCUAGGGAAAUGGUAUGAGAAGCAUUUCCUAGAUGUUAACGUGCAGAAAGCCAUGAAGGAGAAAUAUGGAGAGGGUAAAAAAGGCAGUUUCUAGAAGAUGGAGAUUGAAGAUUGGACUGCUUUCAAUGAGUCUUCUGCUACCUAAUAAACCUGCCUGUAAAACCUGAA